AUGAUAUUUCUUUACCGACUAUAUAAGACCAGCUCCCACCAGUCGAGAUCAUCAGUUGAAUCCAAUCAGUUGGACAGUGCACUCAGUAUCCAAAACCGGAGAAACUCAUCCAGAAUCAAUAUGAAAUUCUUCUCAGUCGUCACUGUUUUCGUGCUCGGUCUGCUGGCUGUGGCCAACGCUGUUCCACUGUCGCCCGAUCCAGGCAAUGUGAUCAUCAACGGCGACUGCAGGUUGUGCAAUGUCCACGGUGGCAAGUAGGAUGUUUCUACCCAAGGAUUCAAAAAAGGACAUAGUCUACAAACUAAAACACAAUAGCUGUUACCAUUUUUACUAAAAUUAUACAUAGAAUUUAAAAUGCAAAUCAAACAAAUACAUACAAAUAGAGGAUUCUACUUCCUUUCUCACUAAACAAAA